CAGUACACUAUUGUAAGACGAUAUCGAAUUAGCCCUUUAGAAGUAAGCGACUGUGAUGUUUAUUUCUUCUGAAUGUUAUGAAGAGUAAUCUAUCAUAUUAACAAACUUUUAUCAAGUUUAAAAUUUUGUCUUUAAGCAUACCUCUUGAGAUGGUACAAAUUCCAAGCAAAUAGAUUAGUUUUACAAAAAUUACCUUUUUUUCUUUGCUUAGUUUCUUAUCUUGGUACUACUGGAUUUCUCUGUAAUCAUUUGCGAGUCGAAUUACUUAAGGGCCGCUUAAUUGUUUGCAGCUUCUUCCUGCUAUAAAAAUAUGGGACUUUGCUUACAUACUACGACUUUACUUCCCUUUUUUAUAUUGCUUUUCAUUGCAUUCUACAGCCGUCGUUUUGUUAGAAAGUCAACUCCUCCAAAUCGUCAAGGUGGCUCCAUAGUGAUAACUGGAGGCAAUGGAGUUCUUGGACGAUCAUUAAUUUCGCAAGCCAUCAACAUUGGUCUUCUUGUAAUAUCUUUAGAUGUCGAAUAUUCUCCAGACUUUUUUCAGGAUAUCCCAGAUGUAAUUCCAAUCGUAUGUGAUAUUACGGAAGAAGAGAGUAUAAACAAUUUCCUUAAAAAGUUGGAAACCAUUCGUGCGAAGCCAUUCGCUCUUAUCAAUGCGGGAGCAAUUGCGCCGAAGAAUAGACUGUUUGAUAUGAGUAGCAAGCAACUUGCAAGAUGUAUCCAUGUAAAUACUAUUGGACAAUUUAACAUAACAAAGAUGCUGUACCCGUCGUUGUUUCUGUCGGUAGAGCCUCAUAUCAUCAACGUAACAUCAGCUCUGGCUUACUUCAGUGCCUCUGGAGUCGCUGCUUAUUCUUGUUCGAAAGCUGCUUUAUUGUCUCUGCAUGAAACAUUAGAAGUGGAAACUAGGCAAAUGCAUGUACCCAUAAAGUUAUCGUUAUACUCCCUUGGCCAAUUCAAAUCAACAAUGUUUGAUAAAGAUACGCCAAAUAAAAUAUUAGCUCCGCUGUUGAAUUCGAAUGACAUUGCCCAUAUAAUACUACAAAACCUAAUGAAUAAUCAAAGCGGUCGAUUUUAUCACCCACUAUAUGUUCGUUUCAUGCCGCUAUUGAGAUUUAUGCCCUCAGAAAUACAACGAAUUGCUCGUUGGUUUAGUGGAAUGGACGAAAUUUAUUCUUAGAAAAAGCAUUCAAUCCUAUACAUCAACUAUGGCAAUCGUACUUCCCACCUGAAUCUCAGCGGACGCCUGGCCAAUCCAAAGGACUUUAGGACUCUCGUUUUCGUAAUCCGAAUUUGUCUGCAAAAGAACUCGUUUAACAAUCCUCAGGAUUGUACCAUAUGAGUUUAAAAAUGUUCCGUUUUCAUACAUCAUUCUCCAAACUAUACAUUCUUUUUUCAUUGGACUAACUCCAAUAAAACAUUCACCAGCUGGGUUUGCCGAUAAUAACUGAAAAUCACCAUCAACCGAUUCCGAGCUAACAAUCUUCUUUCGUUUUUGAAUAUCAUACACAGUUAAAAGCCCAUUUUCUAUGUAUGAAUAUUUUUCAAGUCUUUCGUCAAAACACACGAAAGGAAACCUUUCUGAUAUUGCUUUUGUUAUUUCAGUAGCUUCAUUUGAAGAACGAUUGGCACUAAGGAUUGGUAUUAAUUUUUCCCUUAAUAGAUGAUUGAAUAAGAAAAAAUUAUGCUCCGUAUUUUUAAUGGCCAAGCUCAUGAUUUUCAAAAUUGUUUGUCGAAGCUUGGAUUUUGUUAGGUCGUAAACUUCAUUGCAUAAACAGGUUAAUAAAAGGAUCGAAUUACUAGAGGAAACAUCAACGAUUGAUCUAAAAAGCAUACUAUUUUCGUCUUUUAGAUCUUGGUCAUGGACUGACGCCGAUAAUGACAUAUAGUGAAUCAACUUUGCGGGAUCAAUAUGUUUAGAAAAAACCGAAAAGCCAUUACUUAAUAAUCGAAGCGCAACAUGAUCGUUUUCAUAAUCAGAGGCUUUUUGUAAUAGAAAAGAGGACAAAGAUUUUAGUUCAUGAUCAUCAAAUACAUAAGGAUAUAAUUCUGCCAAAAUGGAUAAUACGUACAAAGAAUGCUCAAUUUCAGUAUCCAGAUAGUAGUGUUCUCGGAAAGAGCGGAAAACUUCAAAAAAGUAAUGUAUAAUUCUUUGUAGUUCAUCGCUAGGAGUCAGUUUAGCAAUUCGCAAUAAUACAAAUCGAAUUAUCUCUUGAACAUUUUUAUCGGAAUUACUCCAUACGUAUGUUAAAGCAGGUAGGCUAUAUUCAGUAGAAGUGAUUUCCUCAAGGUUUAGCAAUAUUCCUUCUUUGAUUUGAUGUUCACUUAAGCCAUCAUAUUUACAUAUCGGCAAAAGCAAGGAAAAAUAUAAAUGGAGCAAAAGCGCAGAGCAAAAAGGUGCUUCAGAAGUAACUGACCGCAUCGAAGAAUUGCAUCUUAUUAUUGCGCUUCCAUCAUCCUUUCCGACACCAAGAUGAAUACAUGAACGAUUAGUUAUACUGGACUGAUAUAACAUAUCAGCUUCAUUUUCUACGUUCAAAAAUGGAGGCUGAAUAAAAUCAAGGAACUCAUCUAUGCAAGACUUUUCGACGUAGGUCUCAUUGGAGAAAUUAAGAUUGUUGACCAGCGCUUUAGUAUUCAAAUAGGUGAUCAAGAGGCCAUCCGUUAUCUUAGAAUAUGUGCCACGAUUACUCGUUACUGGGUCACGGUGUUUACCAAGAUUGGUUGAUACAAAGGACGCAUCCGUGACAGAAUUAUGUCUCACUUCAUGUACUUCUUGCUUUAAAAUCUCCCAUUCUACUGAUUGAAAAUUCUCAUAGGAGACUAGUAGAGAAUCCGAUGCUUGAUAAUAAUGAAUACCUUUUGGCUGCGAUCCAUCCGACGGUAGAAAUCCGAG